AUGUCACAAAUAUCCAGUGUAUCUCUUCGUUGCAUCAAUUACAAUAACAGUCUCGUAGCGGUUUACCGUGGUGGACUAAUCCUUGAAACCACGACCAAGCCAACGAAGGAAACUGCACUGUGGACAGUUGAAUAUGGUUCCCCAUCAUGGAAAUUGUUUAAUUCGGCUUCUUCUGUGUGCCUUACUUUCAAUACGAAGAGCAAACUUAUCAACAGCUCACAAGAAAAUGGAUCAACAUACAAGAAAUCGCUGGAAGUUAAACACGAUGAUUGUCGCUUGCAGUUUCGAUUAUCACUUACUGCUGUAGGCAAUAAGCUCAGUCUUGAACUACUUGCCGAAAACGAACCCAGCUGUAAAGCUUCCGCUGUCUUUUUCGUUCGUGAAGGAUUCGAUCAAACAUUUCGCGAGAUUGGCAAGGACUUCUUUAGCAUCCAUCCUAAUACUGCUAAGACUAUUGCCGAUUUAGUUGGUAAUUAUUAUGACUACGUUGUGAUCGGUUCUUCGUUUUGUUCUCUGGCUUUCAUUCAUCGAACUUUACAUAACGAACCUGAGGCAAAAAUCAUUGUGUUAGAGAGAGGCUUGAAGUAUCUACCCGAACAUCAUCAACAGUGUCCUCCAUCUUCCACUCCAGGAGAAGUGGAAUCUAGACCAUGGACUAUCUCCAAUGAAACUAUACAGAACGAAUUCGUUAAAAACGUGCAUGGUCAGAUACCGUUGCUUGGCGGAAGGUCUACGUAUUGGAGUGGAUGGAGUCCAACACCCUCAAUCAAAGAACUAGAUGGAUGGCCAGAAGAUCUCAAGACUUCAUUGCUAGAAACAUAUUUCGAUCUGGCACAUGAAUUUCUUGGCGUCAUUGAUGCAAAUCAAAUGAAUAUACAAGAAAAUGGUAAUUUUCUCUAUGAUAUAUUUCAGAAUUCCUUGAGAACAUGCUUGGAUAGCGCUACUAGCAUAGAAUCAGUUGAACAAGUCCUUCAUGGUUCUCUUGCUAUGGGUAACAAUCGGUUCAUAAAAUUUUCCACUCCAGAAAUGUUACUAUCUAAGAAAAAUGUUAGUGUAAUUUUUGAUUGUACUGUGGAAAAAAUUUUGCAUGAUGGAAAAAAAGCAACAGCUCUUCAAACCAGCCAAGGAAUCCCCUUACCACUCAAUGACAGCAAACUUAUAUUAGCGAUGAGUACACUACCAGCUACUACACUAGUGCUCAACUCUUUCAAAAAUACUGAAUUCCCUCAAAUUUCUCAUGUCGGAAAGAGAUUCACAGCUCAUUUUGUUAGUUCAGUAGUAGCUCGAGUCCCCCGACAAUACCUAUCACUUGCAGAAAAUGCUCCUGAGGUUGAGCUGGGUGCAGUAUACAUUACAGGCAUGAAAGAUAAGGCACAAUAUCACCUUCAAUUAUCUGGAGUGACCUAUACACAAUGUAAAGAUAGCAGCAGUAUUCAUGGUAUUUGCAAGAAAUAUUCAGCCAAUUCAAUACCUAGAGAAUGUCUCGAUAUAACCCAAAAUUUUGCUGUGGUGUCAUGCUCAACACUAGGAGAGUUGGACUACAAGAACAAGAGUAACCAAUUUAAUCUGAUUAAAAACUGUCAGUCUCUCAUCGACAAUGGAGAACUAAAACUCUGUCUUAAUGAUCAGGACAACAAACUGUGGGACUUGAUGGACAGUGUAACAUUUAAGGUGAUGAGCAAACUCUCACCCACCGAAAACAGUGAUGCUCUUGAAUACUGGCAUGAGACUGACAAAACUUGGAGGCAAGAUGCUCCUCCACGAGAGCAGAUACGCAAGAAGUUUCUUGUUCAUGAUGCCUCAACGAUGUGGAUAGGAGACAGUACAGACACUGAAGCACCAGUAGACCUUGAUUAUCAUAUUCAAUGCGUGAAUAAUGUCUAUAUUACUGGGGGAGCAUUGUGGCCUACUGGUGGAUCAUGGAAUCCUGUCCUGACCAUUGUUGCCAUGGCAAUGCAUUUAGCUGAUUCUAUUUAUAAAAAUGCACGCUGUUAG